AUGAAAUUGUAAUCAAUUCAGACUAUUGAUUUCAGCAAAGCAAAUAAAUAGAUAAAGAAUCUCUCUCAUAAAUUUCUUUAGAGUAAAAUGCUGAGGAAGAACAAGGAGAAUUGCAACCCGAAUACAAUCCCUCAAGAGAAUGCAGCAAAAUUACUUUUAGAAGCCCUUCGAAAACCGAUUCUACGGAACUUGAGGGAGUUGAUUAGGAUUAAAGAAUCGUUGGUUUUUGAGAGAAAUAUAUUCGAUGAAGUGUGUUCUUUGGGAGUCAGUGAGAACUCGGAUGUGGGAGAAGGGUUCAAGAUUUCAUUUGCUAACUUAAGUAUCAAACAAGAGAGCAUUAUUGAUUUUGAGAGUAUGUAACAGACUAAUGCACCAAUUCUUUUGUUCAUAGUGCUUUAAAACAUAAGGAAGAAGAAGAUGAUUAUUUCAUUUUAGGAAAUCAAAUAUUUUAUACUUCAAAGGAAUUUAACAUUAGUGAAUUAGAGAUUGCAAUAAGCAAAGAGAGAGCAGUUGAGGAAGAUACUCAUAAAUAAGAGGAAAUAGGAGGAACUAUUGAUGCAAGUAUACAUGAAGUAUUGGUCUCAACAAACAUAACUUUUGAUAUUUUUUGAUCACUUUGGUUCUAAGAUAAGGAGGAUUUACACCAAUAAAUUAGGGCAAUACUUCGAUAGAUUGAAGUGUUAGAUUAGAAGAAAAGAGGGGUUGAGUCGAUUGAUAAGGUUCGUAAAUAUAAAAUUAUUUGAAUAUGGAUAAUGUUUGAAUAGGGUCUAUAAAGAUUUGCAUUUGCAAAGGUGUUUAUAGAACGUAUUCAAAAAGUAAAUUCAAUUUUCAUUUUAGCAAAUUCAAUCAGUGACAUAAAGAUCUCCGAUUAUAUUUGAGUUAUUGUAUUAAUUUCAAAAUAAGCUAUAGAAAUAAAGCAUUAAAAUGUUAUCAUUACACUCAUUGAGGUAGAGGAGGAAAUUUAGAUCCUUUUCAUAUGGGUUUUAGGAUUUGGAGAAGAUUUUUAAGAAAAUACAAUGUAGAUGGGGGUUCAGCAAAUUGCAAAGUAAGGAGGAGCGUAGGAGAAUGAUGUUGCCUACAAAAUAUUUGGUUAUGAUACUAAAAAGAGUGUUGGAUAGAUAAAAGAGUUGGGUUUUGCUCAAAUUAAAUUAAUGA